GACUUGACACUGACAGAUGUCACCAAAACAACCUAAAGAAAAUCCCGUGGAGGAGGAACUACAAGACUCUGAAGAUAGUAUUUCAUCGUCUGUGAGUGGGACUACUAAAAGUACUCAAUCUCAAGAAAGUGGAAAGAAAAAGGCCUGCAGAAAAAAAACCUGUAGUAAAAAAAAUGAUGUAAGGAAAAAAGUCACAGCAGCUGAGAAGCAGGCAUUGAAAAAGAAGUUAGCAUUGGAGAAAAAGGAAGCAAAAGAUGCUAACAAAAUAUAUAAACCUGGAGAGUGCAUGAAGUAUAUGACCAUAGAAAUGCACCCAGUUCUGUUUGAGUCAUGGUACUGUGCAGAUAUAGCCCGAGAGGCUAGUGCCAGUGGAGUGAAAGUUAAAGCUUCGCCAGCGAUUUGUGACCCUGCUCUUGUACUAUGGACUAGAUCUGUUCCUCCUACCCUAACAACGAAUCAAGGAAUGGUGGAACUGACAGCAUCCAGGGUGCAGUGCGAGCACGGGUUGUACGUGUGCCGGCUGGAAGAUGUGGCGGAGCUGGUGGCCGCACGCUCGCUGACAGACACCCUGCGGCGCGCCGGCCAGUUGGCGGGGUGCACGCUCAGCCUCGUGCUCUACGGGUCCAAGGACUAUUUCAAGACAUCCGGUCGUAAAACAACGAACAGCCGCAAUAAACUUAUCAAAGAAGUGGAUUUGGAAAAAGCAAUAACAGACCUGCUGGUGAGUGCGGACUGCGACACGGUGCUGGUGAACACCCCCAACGAGUUGUCGCUCACCAUAUUGCACUUCACCAAGGCCGUCGCCGAGCUGCCGCACAAGAAAGCAAAGCGGGAUGUGGACGAACAAGCGGAGUUCUACAUGCGCGGUGACAACAAGAAGUGCGUGUCCGUGGACAAAGAUGGUAAUGGCUUGAGCCGCCUGUGGCAACAGAUGCUUGCGGUGCUGCCGAUGGCUAGCCUGGAGUCAUCGCGAGCUCUGUGCGCGCAGUACCCCUCCCCCCUGGCUAUGUUUGAGGCUUUGGAAAAUCCUGGAGGUGCGAAAGACGUAGCUGGCGUGGGAGUGACGCGUACCGCCUUGCCCGGCGCCAAGAGUCGUCGCAUCGGACCCGAGUUCGCGAGGAAGCUGGAGCUUUUAUUCACGGCUACAGACGGCGGCACUUUGAUAGACUGACUUAUAACAUUUACAAAUUUAGAAUUAAUUAAAAAAAAUGUAAUUUAAAAUUCGGUGAUAAUAAACGUACCUUUCCUAUGUUUGA